AGAACAAGUUGGGGGGGUCAAUGUCAACACUCGCUAGUCAGCUACUGUUACUAAAUGUUUACUGUAACGUUAUAUAUUGUAUAUUUCAUUACCAUGUAAGAUUGGUAAAGCCUAAAGACGUCUCGCCAGGGGCACUUUGUACCCAGCAUCUAACGUUACCUUGAAGACAUGUCCGCCUUCCGGUUGUCUUGGAUCCUGCCCGAAGUUGCAGUGGCAUUCCGGAGGAGACCAUGCCCAGUGUCUCCAACAGCUGUAGUACCUGCGCAUCACUACCAUAGCAAGCAAAACCACCUACCUCUCUGCCGCUUUGUGUGGAACCUCACAUCAUUCAUUUCCUCCAGGAACACUGUUGCAUUCUCUACACAACCAACUGAUGAUGGAGACAAAGGAGACAAAGAGGAGCCCCCAGCGGACAAACCCAAGAAACCCAAAAUAAAACAGGACCCACGCGCCCGUCCGACCAUCAGCAGCGUGGGACGAAAGAUCCAGCACCGCCGCCUCCUGCUGCUGGACGGCACGGGCGAGAACCUGGGCACGUUUCACCGGGCGGACGUGAUCAGGAUGAUGGAGGAGAAGCAGUUGAAGCUGGUGGCGGUGAACGAGAGAGCCGACCCACCGGUGUUCAGGCUCUUGACUGGGAAACAGAUCCACGAAGAGCAGAUGAAACUACGAGAGAAGAUAAAGAACAAAUCGGUACCCGUACAGGUGAAAGAGUUGACCAUGUUCUCCGACAUCGGAUCAGGUGACCUCAACACCAAACUUCGACAAGUGAGCUCUUGGCUGGAUAAAAAGCACCAUGUCAGACUAACGUUACGAGCAAGUGGCCCCAGAAGUGCCGAUGAUGCACAAUCACCGGACAAAAGCCUAGAGGUGACGCUCUCUAAACUGGGCAUGCUCUUUGGCUAUGUGUCACCUCCCCGAGUCAUCAGAGAUGGACGAGCUGCAAUCUGCAUCAUCAGACCUCCCACAGACAAGGAGAAGAGGGCUGCCAUGGCAACAUCAUCAUCCACAGAGGACACUGCUUCCACUGCCAAAGAAGGCUCAGUAGAGAAAGAGAUGGAUUCCAAAUGAAGGCCGUGAAGUUGAAGUCAGAUGGAAGUGUGUUUGUAAAGAUUUUGAGGUGGGAGUGUAUAGGUACACAAAACUAUUUCCCUCAAAAAGGAUCAGACAACCACAAAAACCUGGAAGGCGUUGGUCAAUUGUGUUCUCCCUUUGAUGAAGAUGUAACACCUGCCUAAGGAAUACUUACGACAAUGGGGACUGACUUGAAAUGGACAGCAUUUCAAGUCUGCAUAUCAAGCCUGAGAACAACAGGUCUUGAAUAAAAUGAGCCUAAAAAUGAUUGUGAAAACUACUCUUUUGAGAUGUGAUAUUGCAUGAUCAAGUCACAAUGACAUGUAUACACACACACACUCUCUCCAGAAGUCACAAAAGCCCCAAUAUUCAUCAGGUAAGGAUGGCAAGAUGAACAGAGCAUGACAGAGCUCCACCAAAGCCAGCUCAUGAUCAAAUCUUUAUCCUCGUUUUCAGUCUUACUAAUUUAACAACCAAUUUUGCAUUAGUGAAGAGAGAAACCACUUCAGGAUGGUACAGAUAAGAAGCAAAGCAAAUAAACAUCUUAAACA